CAUCGAAACACGAAGAAAAGGUUGAGGCAACGUCGAAUCCGCUGGUGAAUAAUGUGCAACGUUUCUGAGAAAGGGUUGAGGACAAUGGGGCGAAUUCAAGUACGAAGUAAUUCGCAGCGCAAACGAUGGCUACUGCGUUUUUGCCUUUUCCUCGUCUACUUGUUGGUCCAGUAUGUUACCUCUGCGAAGGUCGAGGAGAUGUCGUCUCCUUAUCCCAGUUCUACGGAUCGGGAGGAAAAUUGGACUGUAGAGUCUACUUUGGAAUCAUCAACGAUGGAGUUGGAUACGGGCGUGGUACAGCAGCCGAACGAAGAGGAGAAAACUGUGAUGUUACCAGAGACAAGCGUGUCGCGAGAAAAGAACGAUGAUGCGGAGGAGAAGAAGGAGGAGGAGCAGAAAGAAAAGCAGCAGCAGCAAACGGUAGUAACAAAGGCAGGGACGGCGGGGACAGCGGAAGAAAAGGCGAAGAAAGUACGUGGACAGACGAAGCAAGAGUAUGCUCCCGUGAAGCAAGGGGAAACAGUUUUAACGAACAUAGUUCGAAGCACAACGGUUCCAACGACGACCACGGUGAUGUACGAACGCGCAACCUGGAGACCGCGAAGAGAAAAUUGUUCACCACCGGCUAUCGAACAAUUUCCGCGACCGAUGAUGGGCCCGACAGCUAGGAAGCAUGGUGGAUUGAUCAUACAUAUUUUGGUCGCAGUUUACACUUUUCUUGGUCUGGCUAUCGUUUGCGACGAUUACUUUGUCUCCAGUUUGGACAGAAUUUGCGAAGAGCUACGUUUGUCCCCGGACGUUGCCGGCGCAACUUUUAUGGCUGCUGGCUCUUCGGCCCCGGAACUGGCGACCGUGGUGAUUGGUGUUUUCUUUGCCAAGGAUGAUAUCGGAGUGAGCGGUGUGAUCGGUAGUGCGGUAUUCAAUAUAAUGUUCGUGAUCUCGGUUUGCGGACUUUGCACCACAACAGUGUCCAAACUGAAUUGGUGGCCCCUCUGCCGAGAUUGUUUCUUCUACGCGAUAUCGAUUCUCGUGAUGCUUGGUACAAUUUUCAACGAAUCGAUAUCUUGGAUGGAGUCUCUGUUUAUGUUGUUCAUGUAUGGUGUGUACUGCGUUACGUUGUCGUUUAACACGAGACUGGAACGUUGGGCAAAGUCCUACAAUAUACCAUUUCUGCCGAAGGACGACGAACCGGCGGAGGAAAGCGCUCUCGUCAGUUACAGAUCGUUGCAAGAGGAUCGAUUGUCUUACACGGGGCCAAGUUCACCAGUUACCGAACAAUUUAAAACAAACGAAGGUAACGGGGCCGUAGAGGGUGGAGCUGCGAGGGUGAACGAAGCAUCGGCUCCGAAACAACCGGAGUAUUACAAAGCGAAAGAGCCAGAUCCGAACGAGGUGUCGCCUCUGGAAAAGCCUACGGACGGCAGCAACUGGACACUAUUCACCUGGGGCCUUGUUUAUCCGAUUCACUUCAUGUGCCGCGCUACCAUGCCUGAUUGCCGACAAGAGAAGUUUCGCAACUGGUAUCCUUUCACCUUCUGCGUCUCCAUGAUCUGGAUCAGUUUCUACAGUUACAUUAUGGUGUGGAUGAUCACGAUUAUAGGCAGCACCCUUGGCAUACCGGACACAGUGAUGGGUCUGACCUUUGUCGCAGCUGGUGUUAGCGUACCUGACGCGCUCUCUUCGUUAGCGGUGAUAAAGGAAGGGCUCGGUGACAUGGCGGUGAGCAACGCUGUCGGGAGUAACGUAUUCGAUAUUCUAGUUUGCCUGGGGCUUCCAUGGUUCAUACAAACUGCGAUGAUACAGCCCGGUUCGCACGUGAACGUCACCAGUCGAGGUCUCACGUAUUCGACGGUGUCCCUGCUAUCGACGGUGAUAUUUCUGGUAGUAGCAACCCACUUGAAUGGUUGGAAGCUGGAUCGACGAUAUGGAGUGAUACUGAUGCUUUGGUAUUUGGUAUUCAUCGUGUUUGCUUCGCUCUACGAGUUAAACGUCUUUGGUGAAAUGAAUCCUCCGGUAUGCUUUAGUUUGUUUUAAUUCAACGCGAUUCAAUUAGAGGCAUCGAGGAGAGGGGUGAGUGUGCGUGCGCGUGAGAGAGAGAGAGAGAGAGAGAGAGAAAGAAACCAAUCCCAGGCGCACGCUCGAUCGAAAUUCCGUUGGAUUUUUUUCUCGCUUCCCCUUUUUUCUGUGCUUCUUUCCCUCCUUUCCCUCUUUCCCGCCCUACUUCUUACUCUUCUUCUCUCCUUUCUCCUUUCUUCUUUGGUCCGCCCAACGC